AGCAGCUUUAUGGAAGAGCAUGAUUCAUGUGUUUCCGGUUGUAUAUUUAUAUAGUUACCGUCCGUAAAUAAACCUAUCCUUGUUUCUAUCAAGUUAAGUCUUUCUCAACACAAAAUCCAGUCCUAAGCUCUACCCACAGUGUUACCCUCAUCGAUCUUCCUACACCCAACUUCAGUUCACUAUAUCUCCAUCAAAUAAAUUUAAAACAUCAGUUUCUUUCCCUGAAGUUAUGAGUUACAACUUAACAACAGAGUAUCUACAACUUGUAGAUGAACUCGUCGAUGACUAUAAUAUUCCUAAGCAUAUUAUAUAUUCGUUGUUGGCUUACGUGAAGCCUCUAUACCGAUCAGAUCUGGAAAACAAUUACAGCACACCUAUGGUUUGGAUUGGGAUGUGUAUCGUGUUUGCAUCUCUAGUUUGCAUCCUUGCUAUGGUGGCUGACUUAUUACAUGGUAUACGUAGCAGAAAGCUAUGGUUUCCGUGUAAAUACUUUAGAAUGAAUGCGGCUUUUCUCUCUAUAAUGUUUGUCGCGAUGAAGUUGCCAGUGGAUCUAAGUGGUGUGAUACCUGGUGACAUGGAUGAAGCCGGAAAGCUCGGAAGCAUGGCUUUCAUGUGCACCAUGAUGGCCAAUAUAUUGCCAUCUUUAGCUACCAUGGGUAGCAAUGAACUUUUGUCAAACAUCACAGCUUUGUGUGUUCUUGUAUUCACCUUGGUUUUGAAUGUUUGCAUUCAGAUUCAAUCGGGAGUUGUAUCCUACAAUGAAGAUUCUGUUAUGCAAAUGAUUUCACCUAAAUAUGAUGUUCAAUCACUGGGCAUAAGCAAGCAUCGCAAUACCUUACUAGCAACAAUCUAUAUGAUUUUGUUAGUUGUAUUGUUGAUAAUACAUGUAUGUUCAUCUUUGGCGAUUCUAAAAUCCAAAAAGAUUAUAGAAUUGAAGUACCGACAAGGUCAUAAUAUAGCUUCAAAAGACAUUCAACAAUCACCAGAAGAAGUAUUGACAGUUGAGAAGUUGCAAAAGCAUGUGAGAAACCACUGGAUUAUGGCAGAAAGCGGUAGCCCCCAAUUCAUAACCGCUUGCUUUCAUACGACAUCUGCUUCUGGGGUAAUAUGUGUUUUAGUCAUUCUCUUACACACUCUCACCAUGUCUUGGAUUAUGAAAGAUAUUUUGAGGAAGGACUAUAACUCGGAUUAUUGUUGGUCCAUGCUAGUAAUUCUCACAGUACAAUCUAUUGGUGUUGUGAUUGGUACAGUCGCACCGCUUUCUAGAUGUUUUGCAGUCUUAAACUUCAAAGUGUCUUUACAAAUGAUUUCAAAACAUUUUAAGGUCUUUGAAGUAGAAAGCUACUGGACUCAGAAGUUAUACGAUUGGAAACAUGCUAGUAUAAGACUCCCAUUACGUAGCGACAAACUUAAGGGGGUUACCCAGAUCUUGAAAAGGCUAACUCUCAGCUUUUGUAUCGAACUCCAGGAAGGAGUUGUGGUGGUGUGCAAGAUAAUAGCUUUGAUCCCAUUUUCAUUUAUGCUAUGUGUCUUGUAUUGUUUGAAACCGGUAAAGGUCGUGUUUUGUUCAGCGGGACAAAAGACUGACAACUUGGAACCAAGUAAAGAUCUUCGCCCAUAUGUUUUGCAACUUGAAGAUGAGACAGAGCUUGCCGAGAGAACAAUGGAAGGCCUUACAAAAUCUGUGAACCAGUUGAUCCAGAAGGGCGAAGAAAACCAACCAAACAAUCUCAUAAAGCUGAUUUUGGAAAAACCUACUUGUGGUUUUCAAGGAGUUAAAAUGUUUGACAACAUGGAUCAUCAGGUUCCAUCUUCACUAUUAAAAGUAGAAUAUCAAGAUUGUUGGAGCAUACCAGUGGUAACCCUAACAACCAUCGCCACUUCUCUUCCCAAAAUCGAAAAGAAGGAAGUUGAUAGCUUGUUGAAAAGCGUGAGGGAAGGCUUAGUAUACGUCACACAUGUGGAAGAAAACCUCAAUGCUACUGAUGACUAUGCAACCCUUCAAGAGGCUGCAAGAACUUUGUGGCAAGAAGUUGAUGUCUACCACAAUUGGUUAGGAUACAAGUUGCAAGACCCUGCUCUCCAAGAGAAUAGAGCUGGACAGAUUGUUGAAUGGUUCAGGGAUACAGCUAAAAGAAUAAUUCACACGAAGGACGAUACUGAAGGCCGAAAUGAAAAUUCCAUACAUGGAGGAACAUGUAAGGAUGAAUGCAUUAGCAGGUCUAUUUGUGCCAACUCAAUGUAUGGUAUAACCACAACUAUCCUGCGAACCUACCAAACCGACAUUGAUGACAAGGUUAGCCAAAAGAAACUAUUCGAUAAUUUAUCAUCAAUGAUCACUGAUGUAAUGGCCGCUUGUCUCACCAACUUACCACAAGUCAUAACAAUGAAAUGCCACACUGGUGUGAUAGAGAAAAGGGAAGGUAAUGUCAAACAUGCAGCCCAACUUCUUGGUGAGACUACACAAAUAAUCAAAACCCUUCAAGAUCAAGGAAUUCCAAGAAUGAAUUCAAGUGACUUGCCAUUUAUGGGCAAAUGGCGUGCCUAUUUAGUGGAGCCGUGAUUCCUCAAAAACAAAUGUCGUUCUUCAAAUAAUAGGGGUCAAGCUAAUAUGAUUUUCAUGGAUAAACACCACUGCUCAAAGUAAUCCAAUGUGAGAUUGAGAUCGAAUAUGUUGCUUGAAGAAUUUGAUUUGCACCAUUAGCAUCUACGAAGUAUGAUGAUUAAGUCCUUGGGUCUUAUAAUUUGUAUUGUUUCCUAGUUUACUAGCUUGUAAAUUAUUGUAUCAAUAUUUACUUUUUGGUGUGGUUUGAGGAAUGUUUGAAUGCAUUUUCUUAUGGGUUUGAUUGCUCAUAUGAUCUUACUC